AUGAAUCCGUGGCAGGCGUUUUUGCUUCUAGCGGUCGGGGUUUGGGGUCUCGGGCUCGAAGUUCCCCCAGUUAAACAGGGCGACCGGGCUCGCUACCUGAGUAUCAAUAACUUGGCCAACUGUGUUGGCUACGAAACCGAGCCUGACGAGAUCGUCGUGCUCAUGGUGAGCCUGGGCGAUGUGCUCACGAGCCAGGACCUCGCUAUAAAAGUGUUCGAUGACCAGGAUAAUUUACUACAGUAUCAGCGCCAGCUCGAAGGCGACAAAACAUUCAUUUUUUCCCAGGUCCACGGUGCCUGGACUCAGCAGGAACUGUCACUGGAUAUCCAACUAAAACGAGGGAAACUGGAGUCCGGCGACGAUGAAGACAAUACCAAGCCGCUGCUGAGGAUCUACGUGUGUUUUGAUAACAUAUACACCGAUAAGCUGUGGUCUUUCACUCCUCAGGUCCAUGAGGUAGAAAUUCAGGUCGACAUUAAGACUCGAGAAACUAUCGCCAAGACCAACUACGACAGCUACGCACAAUACUUUGAUGCCCUUCGCCGAAAUCAUGAAGGCAUCAGCGAAGAGGCGUUUGACGACCAGAUGAACAUCGUCCAAGCUGAGCUUGCGUCGGUGAUUAACACUUUGGACAACCUGGGCAAGAUUUUGGAAGAGCUUAUUGAAAACGAAAGCGCUCUUCGUAACACCAACGAACGCAUCUUUGAGGACUACACCGGCCGCCACAUUGUGUUAUACGCGGUGAUCGGCUUUGUCGGGUUGGCCCAAGUGCUCUACUUAUACCGUUAUUUCAGAAAGACCAACAUCGUCUAA